UUGGGGGUUCCUCUAAAAAAAGGGGCAGAACACAACUCAGAAGAGAAAUCGGGAGAGCGAGCUCGAGGUCUUAAUUCUCCAGAAAUCGAGGGCAUGGAAGAAGCAAACGAGUUCUACCUGAGGUACUAUGUCGGGCACAAGGGGAAAUUUGGACACGAGUUCCUGGAGUUCGAGUUUAGACCGGACGGUAAGCUCCGAUACGCCAAUAACUCAAACUACAAGAACGAUACGAUGAUCCGGAAGGAAGUGUUUCUCACCCCCGCCGUUCUCAAGGAAUGCAAGCGUAUCGUCUCCGAGUGCGAGAUAAUGAAAGAAGAUGAUUUUAAGUGGCCGGAACCUGACCGUGUUGGGAGACAAGAGCUUGAGAUCGUUAUGGGAAAUGAGCACAUCUCCUUCGCUACAUCUAAGAUUGGUUCUCUUGUUGAUGUCCAGAGCAGUGAUGAUCCUGAAGGUCUUCGCAUCUUCUACUAUCUUGUUCAGGACUUGAAAUGUCUUGUUUUUUCGCUCAUCUCGCUGCACUUCAAGAUCAAGCCUAUUUAGAGAAAGAAAUCAGUCGAGUUGCUGGGAGUAUGUGGCUGAAGUUUGUAUUUUUUUUUUUAAUGUUUCUGACUCAUCAACAUUACUGAGAUUCAUGCUAGUUUCUUGUUCUGUUGUUUCAAUGAAUCUUAAAUAAGCGUUGGUAAUGGUUUGACAACUUAUAAUUAGGUGAGCUUUUCCCA